AUGAUGCAAGCAAUUUGGAGACAUGGAGACCGUGCUCCAGGUGAUUUACCAUACCCAAAAGAUAGGUAUAAUGAGACAUAUUGGCCACGUGGUUGGGAUCAAUUGACGAAUAAAGGAAUCUGGCAGUCUGUGGAGUUGGGUAUUUGGCUCAGACAACGGUAUGGAAGCACAGUGCUUCCAAUUUUCAAUAAGGAUAAAGUGUUCAUUCUCUCUUCUGAUUCCGAAAGAGCGAUUGAAACGGCUCAAGGAGUAUCUGCUGGUCUCUUCCCUCCAACAGAUGAUCGUGUUUGGGAGUCUUCAUAUCUACGGUACUGGCAGCCAACACCGAUUCAGACUGCUUAUGGAACUAUUGAUGCACUGCUCCGUCCAACAAAAGUCAAAUGUCCAAAUUAUGAUUUAGCCAACGAAAACGAGGAAUCUCCGAUUGCUGCUCAAGUGAAUAGUGAAUAUGGUCAAAUGUUCAAAUGGUUGCAAAACACAACUGGAAUGGAAUCUAUCGACUUUUGGAAUAUUAAUGAUUUAUAUGAUAUCCAGAGAGAGAUAGAUCACAAUAUGCCCCAGCCGAGUUGGUUGAAUCAAGUAUUCAAUGGAACAACUAUAAUGGAUCACAUUCGAGAACUAAAGAGAAUAACGAGAAAUCAAGAAUUUAAUUCACCAACAAAAGCGAAGUUCAGAGGAGGAAUGCUAGUGAAUCAGUUCUUGCAAAAUAUGGAAGAUCUGAAGGCAAAUAAAACCACAAAGAAUGCUUUGAUGUAUUCUUCGCACGACGGAACACUUUCCGCCCUUCUCUAUGCUUUGAAUGUCUCCAAUGAUCAACUGGUUCCAUAUACGGCUACAGUACUCUUCGAGUUAUAUGAUGACGAUACAGUUCAGGUGUUCUACAAGAAUACAACCAAUACAGCGUACCCAAUGACCGUUCCUGGAUGCUUACAAAUCUGUCCGUAUUCUCAAUUUCUGGAAUUAUUAGAACAUGUUCGAGUGAAAUCUUUGGAUGCUUUAUAUUCGUUAUGUGGUACAUACUCGACACCAGUGACGUCAUCAUCAUCCACGACAACUUCUUCUUCGACACCACGGCUCUAA